AUGUCUACGACCCAAACCAUGACCAGAUCGCGGCACGAGUCUCAGCCAUCCGCGCCGGAGACUUUCGAACUAAGUCUCAAGGCUCCCGGCAGGUCGCUACGAGAACUGUCACGACGGGUGGUGGGAAAUACUAGGCGACACGACCGCUCUUCUAGUACUUCUGAUGAAGAAGACAAUGCGACCACGACCACCGACUAUAAUGCCACGAACGAUGUACCUCUGCCGUCCGAAUCGGCCCAUUGCACUACUGUACAAAAAUGGAACAGACCAAAAGGCAACAUUGCCCGGCUUGCAUUUGCAUGUUUUUCAUUUAUCAUUGCCGGACUGAACGAUGCUGCAGUCGGUGCUUUAAUCCCAUAUCUGGAAUCAUACUACCACCUUAAUUACACCAUUGUCUCUUUGAUUUUUCUGACCCCCUUCGCCGGCUACUCGGUAGCCGCCUUCACCAAUGCAUCCAUCCAUGCCAAAUUCGGUCAACGCGGCAUUGCAAUCAUGGCACCAAUCUGCCACAUCAUUACCUACGCUGUCUUGUCCGCCCAUCCGCCUUUCCCUCUCCUUGUGGUGGUCAACACCAUUUCCGGGUUCGGCAACGGCCUGACCGAUGCCUGUUUCUGCGCCUGGGUCGGUGUCAUGGACAAUGCCAACGCCGUGCAGGGGGUCAUGCACUCUUGCUACUCGGUUGGCGCACUUUUGGCACCGUUGAUCGCCACGUCCAUGGUCGUUAACGCGGGUUUGCCCUGGUGGAAUUUCUACUUUUUCAUGAUUGGCGCUGCAUUCGUCGAGCUCACCGGCCUCACCGUAAGUUUCUGGCCCAAGACCGGCGAGGUCUAUCGGAUCGAACAUCCGCGGGAGAACGACGCCGGUGGAGGUCGGACGCGAGAAGCCUUGAAAUCCAAGAUUACAUGGUUGUGUUCGGCCUUUUUCUUUAUAUACAUGGGCAUUGAAGUCGGUCUAGGAGGCUGGAUCGUAACCUUCAUGCUACGCGUCCGAGGAGCAUCACCCUCUGCAUCAGGAUACUCAGGCACUGGGUUUUGGGCCGGCCAAGCACUAGGCCGGGCAUCGUUGGGAUUUGUCACCGAGCGCUUUGGCGAGCGGAUCUGCAUCACUGUGUAUUUGGGCAUCUGCCUGGCUCUCCAACUCGUCUUCUGGCUCGUGCCGCAGUACAUUGUGUCGGCGGUUUCCGUGGCAUUCUUGGGCUUCUUUUUGGGUCCCUUGUUCCCCGGAUGCGUCAUGAUGGCCGCCAAGUUGUUGCCCAAACAUAUCCAUGUCAGCGCUAUUGGGUUUGGCAUGGCCUUUGGCGGCACGGGCGGCACGGUGUUUCCAUUUAUUAUUGGUGCCAUUGCCGCCAGCAAGGGCGUCAAGGUGUUGCAGCCUAUUAUUCUGGCUCUGAUCGUGGUGCUGGGUAUUAUAUGGUUGUUGUUCCCACGGGUGAAAAAGAGAGAAUGA